AUGCCAAGUUCAACCGAUGCCACAGUGAACUGCCACAACAACGGCCAUAUCAAAAAGCCCACUCAAGAAGCUUUCACCAACAACCAUGUCGCGAUCGCUCCCAACGACCCGGAGGAGGUACCUGGACUGCUGAAAAGAAUCGCGCUGCACGGGGAGGUUUACCUCAUAGAGAAUGACGAGCUCGAAAGAACCAAGAUACUGGAUUCCGCCCGCUCGCUGGUGUAUGCCUUGGAGACGCCGCGCGAGGCAGUCAUCCGACACUGCUGGUCUCAGAGCUCGCUUUACGCGGCCAUUGAGAUAGGAGUAGACCUGGAUCUUUUCACGGCGCUGUCGCGGGAUGACAGGUCGAAGUCUGCAGCUGAGCUUGCAACGGCGACCGGGGUCAGCCAGGUGAUGCUGUCACGCAUCCUCAAACAUCUAGCCGCAAUGGGCGUCAUCAAGGAGACCGGACCAGACGAAUACCGCCGGACCGGGUUCUCUAUCUCCAUGCAGUCGCCUCGUUACAGCGACGCCUACCCAUGCAUGUCCGGGUGCGUCACGGCAGGAGUGCUCGCUCUCCCCGCCCACCUCAAAGCAACCAGCUACAUGCUCCCCAACGACGGCACCAAAUGCGCCUUCCAGCGCGGCUUCGGCACCAACCUCCACUUCUUCGAUUACCUGAAGCAGCACCCCCAGCACGCCAGCGAGUUCAACAAUCACAUGUCCGAAGCCACCGUAACCCCCGACGAUGUCCUACUAGUCGACGUCGCCGGCGGAAUAGGCCACGACCUGUCCGAGUUCCACCGCAAGUGGCCCGACUUGCCUGGUCGACUGAUCGUGCAGGAAUUGCCCGAGGUCGUGUCCCAAGCGCGCGAGCUGAACCUGAACCCGAAGCUUGAGCUGAUGGAACAUGAUUUCUUCGAAGAGCAGGUCGUCAAGGGCGCAAGAGCAUACUACAUGCACUCCAUCCUGCACGACUGGACCGACGACAACUGCCGCCGCAUCCUGGCGAACCUCGUCCCCGCCAUGCGGAAGGGCCACAGUAAGCUCCUCAUCAACGAGAAUGUCAUUCCCGAGACGAACGCGUACUGGGAGACCACGAGCCUGGAUAUCAUCAUGAUGGCGAAUUUCUCGUCGACGGAGCGCACGGAGAGCCAGUGGCGGGCGCUGGUGGAGUCCGUGGACGGGCUGCGGGUAGUGAAGAUCUGGACUGCGAGGAGGGGGGUCGAGAGUCUGAUUGAGUGUGAGGUUAUUUGA